GAGCAGCGCAUCUCCCAGGACCGAAUGGCUGAGAACGACGCGGAGCAAAGCAAAGCCGGUGAAGAUGGAAAGCACUUACUAGCAAUAGCAAGGAAGGUGUCCCUCCUCUCCAUGGUUAUCCGAACCCUCACCAGUAUUGCUAAAGAGUCCCUGGGGUUCAGCUACUGGGCAGAUUUGGGGCCUGGACUGCACCCUGAAUACCAGGAUGAACAGCCAGAGAAAACCAGAAAAAAGUCUCGCCGAGAUCAGGCGCCCACUUUCGAUGCCAGCACUUUCAAAAGCCAGUAUGAGUUUCGUUUCCCUGCCCGGGCCAUUCAGGUGGCUCUGUGGCCCCCUGAAUGGAGAAGUGAAGAGGAUGUAAAGCUCCUGAGGAGUACUUUGAGGGGGAUGCCCAGUUUCCGCCGUUACUCCCAACACAUGCAGUUCAUGCUUGCCCGAGUCGUGCGUUAUGAGAGAUUUGGACGGGGUAGAGUGAUCGUCAGGAAGGGACACUGUGGGAACAGUUUCUACUUUGUGUUCUCCGGUCAAAUCGCAGUGACCCAGGAUCAAGAUGGUAGCAGUGCUUUCCUGGACCCUGAGCCCAUUCUCAUGAGGAAGGGGGCAAGCUUUGGCGAGGUGGCACUGCUGAAGGGUUUGAGGAGGAAUGCAACGAUCGUCUGCAUGGAAGAGACUGAGUUGCUAGUGGUGGAUAAAGAAGACUUCUUCAGCCACCAGUUGGACCAGAAGUUGCACUCAGAAUUUCUGCACCGAUACAGCUUCUUCAGGUCUUUGAGUCUUUUCUCCAGCUGGUCAGACAAGAACCUUGAGAUGUUGGCUGACCAUUGCAAAGCAGAAGAGUUUAACCAUGGACAGAUCAUUGUGAAGGACAGCAGUGAGACCCGCAACAUUGUUUUUGUUACAAAGGGUCGGUGUGAUGUGCUUCGAUUGGUCAUUUUAAGCAAGUGUCCAUCCUAUCACAAGUGGAUUCGGCUCCAAGAGACGGUGCUGGGGAAAUCCUUACGCUGGAGAUCAUUAGAGAAUGGAAAGAAAGAUGGUCCUGAUCUCCGAGGGGUGACUGGCAGCCCACUUAGACAUAUUUCCUACCAACAGAUGGCAGCUCAUCCUAAUGCCAUAGGGCACAAGUCUCACAUCCCAGGCAGCAGGCAGUUGACACCCAGGAUGCCUUUCCUGUCCAGUGCCUCAACAGUGACCCAGUGCCACCCAAGUGUCCCUACGCUACUCAUCUCAAACACUAAUGGAAUGACAGAACACGAGGAAAGCAUCAGCAGGGCUCUGGACCUCCUCCACACACCUCCGUCCCAGAGAGAGCUGAGCAAAGCCACUUCAAGUGCUGCAGAAGGAGAGCUGCCCGACAACAUGAAGGCAGCUGUCUACCUACGAGUGGAUGUGUUGCGGCCUGGCCAGUACUUUAGGGCCCUGGACCUCGACUAUGUGGAAAGUUGCCUGGAAAAAGACGGCAGGCAUCCAUCUCAGCAGGGUCUUGGCUGGGCGAUGUCCCCACAGCAUACAGAUUCUCGUGCAAUGGUCAUCAUCAGCCAGGGAUGUGAGAUCAUUAGAGUGAAACUGGAAAAGUUCUGUGAGAUGGUGGAUACCGAGACACUGGAAAAGCUAAGAACGGGAAGUCAACCUUACCCCAGUGAUGAUAAACUGUGUCAGGUGUUUCUGGAGCAAAACCGAUGGAAGGUCUUUAAAGGAGACUUAUUAACUGCUGUGAAGAGAGUGGGGUGUGGUGGUCGUUUGCCCCAGAUAGACACAAACAGUGGCCUGACCAGCCGGAGAGGUGAGAGGAACAACGCAUGGGACAUCAACCAUAGGGGAGUACUGUAUCUGACACAGAGUGGCCAAAACAAGGAACAGAUCUGGGCUGUCUCCUCAAGUUGUGACUCAACUGCAUCUUCCACGGAGAAAGAUGAAGAAACUGAGGCAUCUUCUAGAAAGGAACCAAUUCGGCUGAUACACAGUAUUGCACUCCCAAAGCUUUACGGACACACCAGGAUUUACUAAAAACCAAUCGGUAUCACAGC